GUCAAGGGAGGCGGAGGAGGAUGCGGCCUGUUCCGGGAGUGAGGCGAAAGGCAAUCGGGAGCCAUGGCGUCGUCGGAGGCGGCGGCGCUGGAGGCUCUGAAGCGGGGCGGCCCGGGUGCGGCAGAGUCCCUGUUCGCGGCGCACACGACUGCGGAGCUGCGCGCGGUGGAGCAGCGCCUGCGGGGCGGCAUCGAGGGGAAGCGGGAGGAGCUGCGGCAAAUGGUGGGCGAGCGGUACCGGGACCUGAUCGAGGCGGCGGACACCAUCGCGGAGAUGCGCCUCAGCGCACAGCGCCUCCUGGAGGCCGUCAGGGGACUGCAGCAGCAACAGCAGCAGCAGCAGCAGCAGCAGCAGCGCCGCUCCGUAGGGAAGGCUGGGCCCAAGACCGCGACGCCGCCUCAGGAGGGGAAAGCGGCGCCUGAGUCACAGGAGAAGUUCUAUUGCUUGGCGGCACAGAUCCAACUGCUGCUGCAGAUUCCUGAGAAGAUCUGGAGCGCUAUGGAGUCCUCCCAGUACUUGCAUGCCACACAGUUGUACCUGCUGUGCUGCCACCUCCAUGGCCUCCUGCAGUUGGAUUCUUCCAGCACCCGCUACAGCCCCAUUUUGGUACGUUUCCCUAUCCUUGCCCGACAAGUAGCAGCGGCUAGCCACUUCCGGUCAACUAUUCUACAGGAGAGCAAGUCACUGCUGAAAUCCCAGACUGUUUUGGACCAAGGAGUAGCAGAGGCCUUGUGCUCAGCCAUGUUUCUUGAGGACAGUUCUCCACGCCAGGCUCUUGCAGAUUUCCUGCUGGCUAGGAAGUCUGCUAUCCAGCAGCUUCUGAAUCAGCCUCACCACGAUGCUGGUAUUAAAGCACAAGUCUGCUCCUUGGUGGAUCUCUUAGCAACAACCUUGUAUCAAGCUCAUGCCCUCUUCUAUAUGCUGCCAGACGGAACACCCUCAGACCCAUCUCUUCCCUGUGGUUUGCUGUUUUCAACACUGGAGACUUUGACAAGCCAGCACCCAACAGGUAAAGGCGUCACAAUUUUGAAUGAGGAAAGCAAGUUGAGCAGCUCCUUCAAAUACUUGCCACCUUCCAUUACAGAAUUCCAGCCAACACUCAGAACUUUGGCACAUCCCAUUAGCCAGGAUUACCUAAAAGACACACUUCAGAAAUGGAUCAAUGUGUGCAAUGAAGAUAUCAAAUCUGGGAUCACGAACUUGCUGGUGUAUGUGAAAAGCCUUAAAGGCUUGGCUGGGAUCCGUGAUGCUGUAUGGGAGCUACUCACUAGUGAGUCCAUGAGUCAAAACUGGGAAACAGUAUGCAACCGGCUCCUUGACAAGCCCAUCUCUAUUUGGAAAGAUUUGUUACAGCAACUCUUCUUGGACAGAUUACAGACACUGACAAAGGAAGGAUUUGAUGACAUCUCCAGCAGCUCCAGAGAGCUUCUUGUUUUGGCUGUACAGGAACUUGAAGCUAAGUUUGACAUGUCUGCCCACAACAAGCACAUCCUCUUUGAACAUAACAUGGCUUCUUUCUUAUGGUCAGAGAAUCCUAAUGAUUUGCCACCUGAUGCUGCUUGGAUCAGUGUGGGAAACCGCAGUCACUUCACCAAGAGUGGGUUGUCCAUGAAGGCUCAAGCCCACAGCCCUGGGGUCCAGAGCUUCUGCAGUGCUUUAGAUUCUAAACUAAAGGCUAAAUUAGAUGACCUUCUCUCUUACUUGCCCACGGACUCCUUUUCAUCUAAGGAUACUCUGCAUGUGCAGUCCAAGAACUCUGCCUUUGACAGAUUUGCUGACGCAGGCACAGUGGAGGAAUUGCUACGCAAUCACUGUAUCCGCUGUGUGGAUAACUUGCUGGACUGUAUUAGGGAAGAGCUGCAUGAUGCCCAGGAUGUGCUACAGGGAUGCCCAGAUGCUUUGCGUAACCCCAAAAUUAACACUGUUCUUUUCAUGGCACGGCUCUGUCGGUCAUUGGGGGAGUUAUGCCCACACUUGAAGCAGUGCAUUCUGGGAAAAUCAGGCUGCCCAGAAAAUGUGACAAGAGAACCCUGGCCUCUGAAAAAGGUGGGGAAAGGGAAGAUUCAGGAAGUGAACCCUAUCAGGGCUAAAUGGCAAGAACUAAAGGAACGGCUGCAGCAGAGUAGUUUGGCUGCCUAUCAGAUUUGGAACUCCGCCACUGCUAAAGUCCUGGUCCAGAGUUUCACACAGUCACUGCUAAAAGAUGAAGCUGGGUCCAUUCUGGCAACUGCCACCAACUGGGAGGAGAUAGAAAUAGAGGAAGAGACUGAAACUGGAAGCAGUGUAAAGUCCAAGAUAAGGCUACCUGUCCAGCCAUCAUGGUGUGUACAGUCCCUCCUCUUCAGCUUGUGUCAAGAAGUCAAUCGAGUUGGAGGCCACACUCUUCCCAAAGUCACCUUGCAAGAAUUGCUGAAGACUUGUAUGACUGAAGUAUUAGCUGGCUAUGAAAAACUCUCAGAAGGGAAACAAGAAAAGAAAGAAGGGAAGUUACCCAUCACUCAGAAUAGAGCUUUGCAACUCCUAUACGAUCUUCGUUAUCUGAAUAUAGUCUUGACAACCAAGAGUGAAGAUAUCAAAAGCAGCAGAAGCAAACAGGAUUCCAGGAUUGAGAGGCAGACAGACUUUCUGGAGAGUUAUAUAGAUCCCUUUGACUUGGAUGUCUUUACUCCACACUUAAAUAGCAACCUUAAUCGUCUUGUCCAGAGAACAUCUGUCCUGUUUGGCUUGUUGAUGGGAUCAGAGAAUCAGUACAGCAGCCGAAGUAGUGCUUUAACUUCUCAAGAACUACAUAACAUCCUGCCUCUAGCAUCUAGCCAGAUCAGGUUUGGACUGUUACCACUCAGUAUGUCAAGCUCUCGCAAGACUAAAUCAAUUCUCAGAAACACUGAACAUAAAGCUCAGUAUGAUGCUGACCAGUAACCCCUGAAGAACAUUGUUGGGACUUCAACUGCUGCCCUUACUAGAGGAGAAGAGACAUUUCGCCCUGGUUCCCUAUUCAGACAGCUUGCAGCAGAAGAGGAAGACACAGCAGCACCGUCUUUGUUUAAACUUGGCUGGCUUUCAAGCAUGACUAAAUGAUGAUUCAAUAAAAUAUGAACUCUUGUA